AUGGCCUCAACACUCAAGCAAUUUGCGCUUCGACGGCGAGAAAGGAAAACGCCCGGGGAAAGAGAAGAGGAAGGAGUCGUUCGCAAUGACAAUUCACCAGCUUCAGGCGCAACGCCGACCGCAGAAGGGGGCCAUGUGGUGGGCAGGAACGUCGGGAAGACAAGAAGACGAAACUGGGUUAUGCUAUCCUCUUUGUUCUACCUCAUCUCCCUCAUAUUUUUAAUACUCACAAUUAUCGGCAAUAUCAACAAUAAAGCUGUCAUCCGCGACACCUGGAUCUUCAAUAUCAACCUCUCCAAAGUCAUCCCCGUUUCAACGCCCGCGGAUAUUACUUUCGUCAAUUCCCUCGCACGUUCGCUCGGUCUCCAUGACUUCUACCAAGUAGGCCUCUGGAGCUUCUGCGAAGGGUACACCAACGAAGGAAUCACUUUCUGUUCAUCGCCAAAAGCCCUCUUUUGGUUCAACCCCGUCGCUAUCCUACUCAAUGAGCUCCUCGCCGGAGCAACCAUUACACUACCCGCCGAGAUUAACACAAUCCUCUCUCUGCUCCGCAUUGCGUCCCACAUCAUGUUCGCCUUCUUUCUUACAGGCGCCUGCAUGGUUUUCAUCAGCAUCUUUCUUGCGCCGGUGUCACUCACCUCGCGCCCACGGGCGCUACUCUUCUCCCUUUGGGCCUUCAUCGCAGCUCUACUCAUCACGGUAGCAACGAUUAUCGCGACAGCUAUGGCCGUCAUAUUCAAGACCGUGGCGACGAGUAAGCCAGAGCUGAAUGUUGGCGCUGACAUAGGCGCACAGAUGUUUGCCUUCAUGUGGAUCGCGACCGGCUUUAGUCUUUUUGGAUGCCUCAUCCAUCUUUGUUUGAGCUGCUGUUGUCGCCCCGGGAAAAAAUCGAGAAGGAAGGGUGGUGAGCGUGAAAGACAUGAUGAGAAGAAGCAGCCUGCUCGUGCGAAGAAAAUUCUCCUCUCUUUUGGGCAGAAGAAGACUGCUUCUGAGGUUUCGCCAUGA